UGCUGCCUUGUAAGUCCCCCCUUGCAGUUGGAGCUAUGGCGUCGACGUUGAAGGAUAGUGUGCUGCAUUGGAGGAAAAAGUUGGAACGAACGGACGAUGAAAGUGUCAUACUGAAUGUUAUUCAUAAGUUGUCUAAAGUUCCUGUCUCUGUGGAUCUUCUGCAGGACACAGGUAUUGGGAAAGUUAUACGAAGUCUGGCUAAAAAAUCUGGUAAAGUUGGAGUAAAAGCCACAUCUGUUUUGCAUAAUUGGCGAGAGGUUGUAUCAUCAACUCAGAAAUCACCUGAUAAUUCUUCCAAAGUUGUUCAUUCAAAGCAUAAUUCAAAUAAAGCUGAAAGAAAAGAAGAAAGAGUUGAUACUGAGAAGUCUCAUAAGAAAUCUACAUCUUCUCAUGAAAGACAGAGUUCUAGAGAUAAAAAAUCUUCUAAUUCCAGUAGCAAGCAGUAUCCAAGUACGAAUGAACACUCUUCCAAAAAUUAUAAUAAUCAUGUGUUAAAUAACACUGAUGAUUCAGAUUAUGCGUCAUAUCACCAUGAUCUAAAUUCUACUUUUAAGCAUUCAAAUACAGAUGAAAGUGAUGCUGAAGCAUCAUCUGUUGCUGAUUCAUCAUAUUCUGGAAAACGAAAAUCAUUCGAAACAUCGCCUUCAAAUACUGAAAACCAUGCUUCUGAAGCAAAACGACUUAAAACAAAUCUUAGUUUCUCUCCUUCAGACUCUAGUCACUACAAAAAUGGAUCAGAGAAACAAUCAAAUCAUAGUUCCCAUAAGAAAAAGGACAAAGAAAAGAAAUCUCAUAACUCUGGGAUCCAAAGUAAUACUAAACCAUCUCAUAAUUCACACUCACAUAAUAGUGUAUCUAAAAAUUCUGAGAUCGAGAAACAUGUAUCAAAAAAGCCCAAAAAGAACAAAGAUAGUGAGAAAAAGAGUCAUUCAGAAGUAAAAAAAGCCCUCAAGAUUAAACCAACAGAAUCUUUCACUUCUUCAGAAGCAAGAUUUGAAGACUGCUUAAAUUUUAGUGACAUAGUUCCUGUCAAGAAAAAGAAGAGCUCUAAAACUUCUGAUAAGAAAGAAAAACAGAAAGAGAAUUCUAAUAAAAAGGUUGGAAUUGAAAACUCCAAACCAAGAGAAAGUGUUAGUAAAUCAUCUACAAAACUUUCAAUAACAUCUUCAACUACAAAAAUUCCUGAGCUGGAUAAAAAUUCUCUUCCAUCUUUGCUGUCAGAUUCGGCCCAAAAAUCUUUACCUAAAAUAAGUGAAGUUGACAUUUUAUCUACCUUACCACAAACACAGCCAAAUUAUAGACCAUUGCCUCAAAGGAAUUUUGACAGUUUACCAAGUAAAAAGAAAGUUCUUACCAAUGAAGAUGCUAUUAAAUUUACAUCUUCCAGAAAAGAACGGACUAGUGUCUAUUCUGGAAGGAAAAGUUUGUUUUACACAGAAAUGCCGACACUUUUUGAAUGCUGCACUCGUAUCCUGAUUGAAAAUAUUGAUGCUAUUGAAUACUUGGGUGAAGUGCCUUAUUUCCUUUUAAAGCCAGUUCUUGAACGAUGCACUCCACUCCAGCUUUAUAACAUAGAAGAUUACAAUCCAUACCUUUUAGAUGAUACACAUGAAUUAUGGGAAGCUCACUGUAAAAGAGAUUUUCGUACCGUAAAUCUACAAGAGAAUGAAACAUGGCGUGAAUUAUAUUUGCGUGCGUUUGAAGAACGUGAAAGAAAAUUAAAAAGUUUAACUGCAAAUAUUUCUGCUUCUAUGUCAAAAUCUGGUCCAGCACGGCAAGUGAAGUUAGCAUAUGUUAAUACUGUUGCAAAACCACCUCGUGAUGUUGCUCGCAAGCAGGCAAAGAUGGGUACUGCUCUUCCUGUAAAUCAUACUGUCAAAGCUGGCCCAUCGUCAAAAGCUAGUCCCAGACCUUCUGCUCCUGCCAUAAAUUCUGCUGCUAGUAGUUCACGAGCAUCAGAGCAUUCCAUUCCUAAAAAACCGAAAAUUGCUCCACUGAUGGCAAAGACGCUGAAAAGUAUGAAACAAUGUUAUCGUCGGUAGUAUGAAAAUUAUUUGUUGAUUUUUUUAUGUUUAUUUUUAUGAUUCAAAGGGAGCGCUCUCAAAAAGUGGAGCCAUAAAAAAUUGUUAUCGAUCCUCCAUACUAAUCAUACCAUUUAUUGUAUUGACUUCAAAUGCUUGAAGUGUACAACAUUUUAAUGGCAUCUAUUAUUUUCGAAUAUGCUUAUCUUCAAGCAUUACUGUGAUACUCCCGAAACUGUAAUAUAUUUACAGAUUAUGCGAGUUCGAAAAGAAAAGGUUGUGUUGAAAAUUUUAAAUUGUCUUUUAAGUACUCUUCCGUUUUUGAAAUUACAGUGCAUCUGUUUAUAAUUCUUGUUCCUACGUAUGUUUGUUUUGAAAAUGUGUGUAUUUAUAUAAGCACUAUGCAUGUUUUUCUAUCAGCGCAUUUAUAAGUUAUAAAAUUAUUUUAAAGUACCUUGUAUUCGACACAUUUUAUCAAACUUAUAAGUGUAGGGGCACAUUAUUAAGAUGAACAUAACCAUUUAGGAAGUACUUAGCGACAUUUUUAUGCUAAAUAUAAUUUAUUAAUGUAUAUUUAAUAAUUUUCAGUAAACGUUAGAUUGAUAUUUGAAGUAAUUUCACUAUACCUAAUUGAGUGACUUGAAAACUUUUUUGUACAUAAAUGAUGUAGGAGUGUAUAAGUAUACCUAUUUAUGAAUUUUAUCAUCGACAGUAUAUUCUGAGAAUUACAUAUUUACUUUUGACUUUUUGUGACUUUUUUUUUUUUUGUAUUAUAAUUUGACAGAAAUAAGAAGCAUUUACUGCUGUUGUUCCGAAUUUACUGCUAUCGAAACCCUGUCUACAAAAAUUUUAUCUUUUUGUGUGGAUGUGUUCUGUUUUCUUUAUUCUAUAAACUCAUAUAAACCUUUUACAGAUUCUUUCACCCAUGUUAUUAUAACGUAAAGGAAAUCUCUAUUCUUGGUUGUUAUAAUAUGUUUAGAAUAGUUGUACCUGAAGCUUGGUGUGAUCAUAUGGUAUUAAAAAUAAUUUUUAACUGUGUGAAGUGUUUUGUUUAUCUAAAUGAGUAGAUUGUUUGUAAAUAAAUUUGUCUUGUUGGAGUGUCUGUUGACAUAUUAAUUUAGUGAGGAUAUAUGCAUUGGAAAGAAAAUAUGGUUAAAUUUAAGGCUUUAAAAGAAAACUGUUUUUGUGAAAUUAAAGAGUGUCGCACAAAAUGAAACCGCAUGUUUUCUGAAAUCACAUUUCCUUUAUUCUUUUAAAGAUUAACAUAAUUAGGGGGAAAUGCAUAUUAAUAAUAUGUUAUGAAUUUGUAAUUCAGCUAUAAACUUAAAAGCCUGGAAUUCAUUCACUUUCCAAAGUAUUUACCCAAAUACUUUAAAAGCUUAAUUUUAUGUAAGUGUUUUACUAGACAUGUGUAAUAUACAGUAGAAAAUCAGUAGUUUUUUUUUUGUUGAGAAUAUGAUUAUUAUUCUACAGCAACUAUAUUGUCAAGUCACCAAAUUAUGAAAUUACCAAACUGCAUUAAGAAAAUCUGAUAUUGUGAUUUAUUAAAUGUUUUAAAUGCCCGGUCUGUUUUAUUUGUCUAAAGAAGUAGAUCAUUUUAAAUACAUUUGCCUCAUUGGAGCAUCUUUUGACUUGUUAUUACACUGAAGAUAAAACAGUUGGGGGGGGAAAAUAAUGAUCCCCCAAUUCACUGAAUGCUUUUUUUUUAUUGGAAAGUUUGUGCAAUACAAGCAAUGUACAGUUAUACAAUAGAACAUCAGCUAUGCAUGUUUUGUGAAUAUGAUCAAUAUUCGUAAAAACUAUAUACCGAUAGAUCAGCAAAUUAAGAAAUCGCCAGACUGUGCAAUUUAAAUAGUUCAAAUCAUUUGGUAUUAUUAAAAAACUGUGUAAUUAUAAGUGAUAUGCAUUACUUAUCUAAAGAAGCAGAUUUUUUGUAAGUGAAUUUGCCUUGUUGGGGGAGUUUGAUAUGCAUUAAUUUACUGAAGAUCUUGCAAUGAAAAAAGUAACGACGUCUCGAAAUUAAAAACUGAACUAGAAUUUAAGCUUAAUUUUUUAUAGGACAUUUGUAAUUUGCUGUAAAAUAAUAGUAGUAGUGUAUUUUUAAAAAAAAAAAUCUCUAGCAAUUAUAAUCCCUGAUCUAACACUAUAUAGUUUUAUGAAAUCGCCUAUCUGAGCAAUUUAAAAAUUUUGAUCAUAUGAUAUUAAGUGUUUUAUUGCCGGUGUAUAUAUAUAGUAUGUAAUAUAAUAUGUAUGUAUGUAUGUAUAAUAUAAAGCAGUAGAUUGUUUAUAAAUGAAAUUGUCUUAUUGAAGUGUCCUUUGACAUGUAUCAAAUUAUUAAAAAUAUAUGCAUUAAAAAAAAGAUGAGAAUCCCCACAUUCAUUAAAAAUUUACUUUUUUUUUGUUGUUGUUGAAAGGUUUACAUUACAAAAUAGAACAUCAGUUGAGAUUUUCGGCAAAUAUGAUCAUUAUUCUGUAACAACUAUAUAGUGCUUGGUCAGGAAACUAAAAAAAUUACCAAACUAUGCUAUAAAAAAAAUUGACUAUUUGAUAUUAUUAAAUGUUUUAAUUCUGUGAUAUGCAUUAUUUAUUUAAAGGAGUAAAUUGUUCUAAAUAUGAAUUGCCUUAUUGGUGUGUCCUUUGGCUGGCUGUUUUAGUGAACAUGUAUCUGUUUAAAAAUAUUCUUAAAUUCAUUAAAGGCUUAUUUUUUUUAUUGGGACAUUUGUAUUACACAAUGGAAUAUCAGUUUAUAUUAUUAUGAAUAUAUAAAUUAUUUUAUAGCAAUUAUAUAACAGUAUAGCAUUAGAUGUGCAAAUUAAGAAAUCACCAGACUGCAAUUCAAAUAAUUCAGAUUAUAUGAUGGUGUUAAAGAGUUGCAAUUACAUGAUCCAUAUUGUUUCUCGGAAGACAUAUAUUGCUUGCAAAUGGAAUUGCCUUACAGGAGUGUCUUUUGACAUAUAUUAAUUUACUAAAAACUGAAAAAAUAAAGAAUUCUUGAAAUUGAUUAAAAGCUUAACCAGGGAUUAAGCUUAAUUUUUAUUGGAUAUUUGUAAUAUAUUGUAAAAUUCUGUAUUCUUGUAUUUUUCCUGAGUAUGAUUAUUUUUCUAUAGCUAUUAUAAAACUAUAUGGUGUUAGAUGAAAAAAUUAUAAAAUUACCAGACUAUGCAAAUAAAAAAAAAAGUUCUAAUCGUAUAAUAUUAAAUAUUUUGAUUCCAUGGUAUGUAUUGUUUAUAUAAAGGAAUAAAUCGGUUAAAAUACAUUUGCUUUAUUGGAGUAUCUUUCAACAAAUAUUAAUUUACUAUAUCUAUUGGGGGAGAAAACCGAUCCCCAAAUUAAUUAAACCCUUGUUUUUAUUUUAAAGUUUGCAUUAUAUAAUAGAUCACCAGAUGUGUAAUUUUUGUGAAUAUGAUCAUUAUUCUAUAUCACUAUGUCAGCAAACUAAAUAAUUACCAGACUAUGCAAUUUAAAUAAUUCAAAUUAGAUGUUAUUAAAAAGUUUUUAAUUGUGUGAUAUGUAUUGUUUAUUUAAAGUAGUAAAUUGUUUGUAAAUGAAUUUACCAUAUUAGAAUGGCUUUUGACAUACAUUAAUUUAUUGCAGAUAUAUAUGCAAUUAAAAAAAGAAUGUCUUCCCAAAAUUAAUUCAAAGCUUUAUUUUGAUUAAACUCAAUUCUUUUACUGUAUUUUUGUAAUAUACUGUAGAGCAUUAGUAGUUGUGCAUGUUCUGUGAAUGUGGUCAUUGCUCUGUAGCAAUUAUGUAACAGUAUAGUACUAGAUCAGCAAACUAAAUAAUUACCAGACUAUGCAAUUUAAAUAGUUCAAAUCAUAUGUUGCCUUGAAAACUUUGUAAUUGUGUGAUCUGCAUUGCUUGUUAAUGAAUUUGCCUUAUUAGAGUGUCAUUUGACAUAUAUUAAUCUAUUGAAGAUUUAUACAAUGAAAAAAGGAUGCCUUCCCGAAAUUAAUUGAAACCUUAAUUUUGAUUUAAACUCAAUCCUUUUGCUGGACUUUUAUAACAUACUGUAGAACAUCCGUAGUUAUGUAUUUUCUGUGAAUAUGAUAAUUGUUCUAUGGCAAUUACAUAACAAUGUAGUGCUAGAUCAGCAAACUAAAUAAUUACCAGACUAUGCAAUUUAAAUAGUUCAAAUCAUAUGUUGCCUUGAAAAGUUUAUAAUUGUGUGAUCUGUAUUGUUUGAUGAAUUUGCCUUAUUAGUGUCUUUUGACAUUAGUUAAUCUACUGAAGAUAUAUGCAUUGGAAAAAGAUUGGUUUCCCGAAAUUAAUUGAAAGCUUGAUUUUUAUUUAAACUCAUUUUUUUAACGUUUGUAAUUCGCAGCCGAACAUUUGCUUUUUGUGAAUAUGAUCAGUAUUUCAUAGUAUAUAUAUAUAACAAUACUGUGGCAAGUCAGCAAAGUAAUAAAAUUUCCUCACUAUAGGAUUUAAAUUAUUCAUAUCAUAUGCUCGUAUUAAAAUAUUUAAGUUGUGUGAUCUGUAAUUAUCCUGUAGAAGUAGAUUGUUUGUAAAUGAAUUUGCCUUAUUAGAAUGUAUUUUGAUAUAUUAAUCUCCCGAUGAUAUAUGCACUAAAAAAUGGCUUCCCGAAACUAAUUAAGCUUAACUAUGGGUUAAAAUUAUUAUUUUUAAAUAUAUGUUUGUUAUAUUUUGCGAUUAUUAUUCUAUAGCUACUGUAUAACUAUGUAGUUUGGGGUCAGCAAAUUAAAAAAACUGCCAAACUAUGUUAUUAAAAAGUUUUUACUGUGUGAACCGUACUGUUUAUCAAAAAGGAGUAGGUAGUUUGUAAAUAAAUUGCCUUAUUGGAGUGGUUUUUUUUUUAUAUUUAUAUAUAUAAUAAUAUCCUGAAGAUAUAUGCACCAAAAGAAGUCUUCCCAAAAUGAAAAUUUUAACAAUGGUUUAAGCUUAAUUCCUUUGCUGAACUCUUGUAAUAUACUGUAGAACAACAGUAGUUUUUUUGUGAAUAUGAUCAUUAUUCUAUAGCAACUAUAUAACAAUAUAGUGCUGAGUCAAUAAACUAAAUAAUUAACAAACUAUGCAAUUAAAAAAAAAACAACUCUAAAUCAUGUUGUAUUAUGAAAAAUGUUUGUGAUGUUUUUGUCUAAAGAAUGAAAUUACGUGUAAAUGAAUUUUGCUUAUUGGAGUGUCUUUUGACAUAUAUUUGCUGCAUUUAUAUGCAUUGGAGGGGGGGGGGGGAGGAUGGUUUGAAAACAAAACAUUUUGACAUCAUUAAGUUUAUAAAUGCUUUUUAUGAAUUUAAAAAGUGUUUGACAUGGUGAAGCUGUAUACCCUUUGAAAUAUUCUAAUAUUCUUUACAAGACUAAUAUAACUAGAAAAACUUCAAUGUGUCUUUAUGAUUUAUUAAUUUAUAAUACAACCAUGAGCUUAAAAGUCCUCUUCCGCCAACUUCUGAAUUUCAAAUUAUUUUCCAGGUUAUUUCCCUACAUUCUUUAAAGGCUUGAUUUGGUUUGAACUUAAUUUUUUUUAACUAGACAUUUGUAAUAUACAGUAGAGCUGUCAUUGUGUAGAUUUUGUGAAUGUGAUUAUCAUUCUGUAGUGGCUAUAUAGUGUUAGGACAUUAAGAUAUAAAAUUACUAAAUUACUUUUUUAAAAGUUGAAACAGUAUAUUCUUAAAGAAGUAAUAUAUUUUAUUAAAUUGCCAUUGAAUUUGUAGUAUGAGACACAUACAUACUACUUAAACAGAAUUGACAAAAAUUGAAGUACAAUGUUAUUUUAGAGAGAUAACUUGGAAUAAAUUCUUUUGCACAGUUUUAUAAAUACUAUUCUUUUUCAAAUUAACAAUAGUUGUUCCAUAUUAUGACGUACGGGUCCAUUUUAAAAUUCUUGAUUGUAAUAUUUUGUGAUAUGAACCUUAUUUAUUGUUUAGACAUAGUUAAUAUAUUUUAAGAUAUAACUAUAUUCUAGAUUCUUUUAACAGGCUGUAGUUUAUGUUUGGCAUUCAACAAAAACGAAGUACCAAUUAUUUUAUUAUUAUAGAGUCUGAAAUAUUAUGAAGCUUCUAUCUAAAUGUCUUAAAUUAUCUUCUUUAUUAGCUUUGACAUCCAUCUAAAGACCGAAUAGUAAAGUAUAACUUGGAAUAUGACUUUCUGCUUAAAGGAGAAAGAAACUUUUUAAUUAUCAACAAAGAGUAGGUAAGAAUAUACAGUUUUUAAAAUACAAUUUAAAUUCUUACAGUUUGUAAGAAUUUUUUAUAAUCCCCUUUUACAAAAUGGUUGUAUUGCAGAGUUUCCUUAAAAAAGUUUUAAAAGCGUGUUGUUGAUAUAACCGUAUAAUUUAAAUAAUUAUAGCAUCUGCAUUUUAAACAUUUGCCCUGCAGGAUUAUUAAUUAGCAUUUUUGUAUUUGAUGCUAAUUUUCUCCACUUCUGACACUUGCACAGUGGAUCCGAGAAAAUGAAGUGCAAUGUUUUCAUUGUGCUUCAUUUUCAUCAAGACAAUGUACCAAAAUUCCAUGUUGUCUCGAUCAAUUUUUAAAGAAUUUAAUAAGGUUACUUACUAAUGGAGAAUUUCUGUAAAUAUUUCUUUUCAGUUUUCAUGAGAGGGCCUUUCUGCGGUCUGUGAACUAUAUAUACUAAAAACUUGGAUACCAUUUAGAAAUUAUGUCCUUUAUUUACUUAUAUAAUUUAAGUUCCCCUUUAUUGAUUGUAUCUAAAAAAAAUGCGAAAAGUUUUUUUUCCUAUGGAUUAAAAAAAAAAAAUUGUUUUUUUCCUUAUCUUAAGACACAGCAUAAAUAUGUCACUUUCAGGUAUUUUAACUGAUUUUAGUUCUAUUUCAUUAAAUAAUUGUUAACUUGAUAUAAUGAGACUUAAGAUAGGUAGUCAGAAACAUAUGAAGUCUAGGUUUUGUAUUUACAUUUAAUUUAGAAUUUCGUACAAUGAUAAAUUAUCAUUUUAUGUUUAAAUAAAAGCUUAAGGUUACUUCCGCUGGAAGUCAUCAAAAUACUAUUAAAUUUAUUAAGAAUAUUAAUUAAUCAUGAAUUAGGAAGCUUCUUAAUUCGAUCUCUCAACUUCGACAAAUUAGCAAUGUUAAACUGUAACUUAGCUUCUUCAAAGAAUCAAAUUUUGUUUUUAAUGCUUGCUCACAUUUUAUUAGUAGAAAUUUUGUAGCAUAAUUUUCGUAGUUGUUCCGUAUAUUAUCUUAGUGCUUUAUAGCAUGCCAGUAUGGACUAAUAUUUUGUGUGUUAUAUGAACUACGUUUUAUGAAUAUAAUAUAUAAAUGUUUGAUGGAAAUUAUUUAUAUUUAGAAUAUUUAUGCUAUGUAUUUGAUAUUGUCUAUUUAUUUGAUGUUUUGAAACUAGAAGAUUUAUUUGAUGUUUUGAAACUAGAAAAUAUGAACUAGAUAUCUUAUUAGGAUGUUUAAAAUCUAUUUAUGUAUAUCUGUAAGUAGUAUGACCUAAAUUAUGAAUUAAAUGUUAUCGCAAUUUUGUGUAAUAGUA